CGCAUGCGCUACUACUUGCCAACUGGGUGCCGAAUCCCGGAUAGAGACAGUCCCUUCUUGUUGUCUUCACACUUAUUUUUCUGGGGUUUUUUUUUUUUACAAAGAAUAUAAUGGAGGAGUUCAAUUCCGGAGAUGAGGUUGGAUUCAGUCCUGAUGAUGCAAGUAAUGCAGUUAAAGAGUGCAUCGAGGGUGUAAUCGGAGGCGUGGACUACAGCCAAAACAAAGUGAACCAGUGGACAGCGAGCAUUGUAGAGCACUCUCUCACUCAGCUGGUUAAACAGGGGAAAGCUUACAAGUACAUCGUUAACUGCGCUAUAAUGCAGAAGAGUGGUGCAGGACUCCACACCGCCAACUCCUGUUACUGGGACACCACCACUGAUGGAAGCUGCACGGUCAGAUGGGAAAACCGGACCAUGUAUUGUGUCGUUAGUGUGUUUGCUGUUGCUUUAUGAAUCAAGCCCAUGCCACCACACGAUCGUCACACAUGUGCACUCACAUACACACACACACACACACACACACACACACACACACAUAUAUAUAUAUAUAAAUACAGUCAGCAGGUGGCACCAGGAACUUAUUUCAGCCUAAUGAAGAAGAGUGUUAUUAAAGCCCGGGGUUGCUGGGCUUAGGCUUGUGUGUCUGAGUUCACAGUACUUUAAUAUUUUAAAAUAAAUGCUUGUGUUUGCCAUUCCGGAUUUUUAACUUCUAAAUGAUUUUUUUUCUUUGUGUAGCAGGACUGUAAAUGCGUAGUAAAUUAGUAAACAAAUGUGUUUGUUGAAAUUGAAUAAAAUUCAGGGUUGUAUAACUGA